AUGUCAUAUACAGUUCAGUCUCAGAACAACACUGUUGGACGGGGGUUAAUAGAAAAAGUCAUCUCGUCUACUGUAACUACUCUACCAUGCUGUGUGUUUUUUUUCAUCAAUGGGAUCAUGCUUUUCACCUUAAGGAGUAAAACUGUGUUUCGUGAGACGUGCCGUUACAUUCUUCUGUAUAACCUCCUCUUUGCCGACACUGUACAGCUCGCAUUCAGUCAAGUCAUGUACUUGCUUGCUUUCAGAGUACGGCUGGCUUUUCCUCUGUGUGGUGUUCUCAUAAUGCUCACCAUUCUUACAACUCAAAUCUCUCCUCUAACACUAGUGGUGAUGUCUUUGGAAAGAUACGUAGCUGUUUGUUACCCACUGAGACACUCUACUAUUGUCACUGUCAGAAACACAGCGGUGGCUAUCACUGUGAUUUGGGCCUUCAGUUUAUUAAAUAUCCUGAUGAGAGUUUUUUUGCUGUUAAAUGUUUCACCUGAAAACCUGAGGAGUCUGCAGAUGGAGGGUUUCUGUUCUCCUCAGGCCAUAAAUGUCAAUCCAGUGUCAGAGCAUUAUGACAAAGCCUACACUUAUUUUGUGUUUGUAUCAGCUGGUGUUGCAGUCGUUGCUUCUUAUGUUGGUGUAACAAUAGCAGCCAGGUCGGCCUCCACGGAUAAAACUUCCGCCCGUAAGGCUCAUAAAACCCUGCUUCUACAUCUGUUUCAGCUCAGCCUCAGUCUCAUCUCAGCAAUGUAUAAUCCGAUAGUCGCAGCUAUCUCAGUGGGCCUGGGCCUGGACAGAGUUAUAACUAUGCGUAUCCAGAUUGUUCUUUAUAUGACUGUUGUUAUGCUUCCCAGAUGUCUGAGUGCUCUGAUCUAUGGCAUUAGAGACAAGACCAUCAGACCCAUCCUCAUGUAUUAUCUGUGCUGUCAGAAAAAACCUACAGUCAUCUCCAAUUAA